CCUGAACCUUGACCUAACCUCAACCCUUAGUUAAUUAAGUUCAUGUAUGAUUCGAUUAUCACCGAUCGAUCUAUGCAAUUCAAAGACCCGAGGCGCUAGGUCCUGCUGCGAACAAGAUCUACGCUGCAGGACCGAGACCUUACUGUUAUGAGCAAGGUCCGAGAAGAGUUGAAUCUCCCAUUGUCAGCCGAAUCCAGUGACCAGUUAGAGGCCAACAAAAGUUCAUCAUCACUCAAGUCAGGUGACGUUUCAUGGUCUACUGCUCCCAGCACGCCUGUCGCUAAAGAAAAGGGUAUUUUAGAGCCAAAUUAUUCAGAUUCUAGCAUCAAUAGUUACGAAAAAGCCAUUAUCAAUUCCGACGCACUUUGGGAGUGGAACACAUCUGGAAACGAGACAAGAGAAGUGCCCGUCACCAAGGAGAGCGGACCAGAACAGAAGCCACCCACACACAUUGGUAACAGAGACAUGGCCAAUACCGGAGCCUCAAACAGCCGUAAUAGCAACAAGCUCAAAGGAGAUAGGAAUGUGCCCUCAGGUGCUGGUAUUGUACGCGCUGAUGAUACCAAAGUUCAGGUGGGGUUUUUUCCAACCACUACGCCACUUGACACUACAAAUCCCACCGAAUUGCCGGGAAGUCGAAGACCCGUGAUUACAGCACCUCCAGGGUCAAAAGUUAUAGGCGAGCGUCCAAGAGCGAAAUCCAUAGAGGAAGCUAAUAGCCGGAACAAGAAUUAUGCUCCGGGAAUGACAAAGAAUCCGAUACCUGGUAAAUUUCGAGAUGACUCUGGAGUUUGUCUUGGACUGGCUUCCUACCUAAGCUCGUCUGUACCUGAUUCUGGUGAUAGUGGGAGAGGUUCAUCAGUGGCCAAGAAGUCAUUUCGCAAAGCAUCCCUUGCUCCCUCAACUACCUCUAUUCAAGGUAGUUCUGUUGAUCUCUGCAGUCUUGAGGACAAAGGUAUCAGUGAGGAGGCUUAUGCUGAGCUGACCAAGAGCGGAGUUUGCUACGACUUUAUCCCCAGCAGCACAAAGAUAGUGGUGUUUGACACAAGACUUAGGGUGAAGAAAGCUUUUUUUGCACUGGUGGCCAAUGGGAUUAGAGCUGCCCCACUGUGGGACAGUGCCAAACAGAAGUUUGUCGGCAUGCUGACUAUCACUGACUUCAUCAACAUCCUGAGACACCACUACCGCUCUCCAAUUGUGGGUAUGGACGAGCUGGAGAACCAGACAAUUCAGGAGUGGAGGGACUUUGAGAAAAAGGUGGUCAACAUCCAGUCCUCACUCAUACAGAUAGGCCCUGAGGAGAGUCUGUACGAGGGCAUCAAGGUGCUAGUGGAGCAUAAGAUCCAUAGACUGCCCGUCAUCGACCCGGUCACUGGGAACGCUCUCUACAUCCUUACUCAUAAGAGAAUACUGGAGAUUAUCAUGCAGAAGAUCCCAGAGGAGUCCCAGCCACAGUAUAUGUUCAAAAGCUUGGAAGAGCUCGGGUUGGGGACCUACGAGAAAAUCGUCACGGCCUCUCAAGACACACCCAUUAUCACUGCUCUGAACCUCUUCCAUGAGAACAGAGUGUCUGCCCUGCCCAUUGUGGACUCAAACAACAAAGUGAUUGACAUCUACGCCAAGUUUGACGUCAUUAACCUUGCCGCUGAGAGGACCUACAACAACCUGGACGUUAACCUCAGAGAUGCCCUCCAGCAUCGCUCCACGGGAUUUGAGGGAGUCCACACCUGCUUCUUACACGAGUCCCUCUACACGAUAGUGCAAAGGCUGAUCACCACUAAGGUGCACAGACUGGUGGUGGUCGACAUUGGGCACCAUGUGGUGGGUGUGGUCUCACUCUCGGACAUCCUUAAAUUCCUCGUCAUGAAACCUCACAGGGAUUCCUAGCUAUGGUGACUUUGUUACAUAUUCAUUUGUUGUUAGUUUGUGAUUUGCUCCCAUAAGUAUGCACAAUUAAUAUUGUCAGUAUUGUUUUGUUUUAGAUCAUGUACUAGAAAAUAUUAUUAUGUUUUAUGUUGCACUCAAAAAUUAUCCCUUGUAAACUGAAA